GACAACCAGGCGAUUAUCGGCGAUUCAACUAACAGAGGAACAACCGGCAGUGUGACAUGAAGCAUAUUGUGAAGAUAAUAACAUUGUUGGUGGCCAUAUCUGCCUUUUGGGUUGGCCUAUUGCAAACGUCAGUAAUUCCACGCAGCUACACUUGGUUGCUACCCUUGUACUUGAUUGUGUCACUAGGAUGCUAUGGCCUAUUAAUGGUUGGAGUUGGUCUGAUGCAAUUUCCAACUUGCCCACAAGAGGCAGUACUGUUGCAGCAGGACGUUGUAGAGGCCAAGGAAUUCCUAAAGCAAAGAGGGUUUGAUGUGGGUUCUUAUUGAAUGCCACAGAAGUGUAAACUUUGCAAGAAAAUCUUUUGAAGAUCACCCUAUUUUCGCCAAUUUUGUGCCUUGGAGUUGCCCAUGAAAGAGAAAUAUUUCACGUGGGUUGACACCAGGAAACCUUCUCUAAUUAGGCAAUGUUGAUGUAUCUUGACAUUGAAUAUGCGCUUUUUGCUGUGGCAGUGACAUUUUUGUAUUUUAAAGACAUCUUGAUAGGUUCUUUGUUUUAAAAUGAUAGCCCACAAUUCAAGUGCGGCAUUUUUGUAUGUUUCUUCUGUUUGUGUUACUCUA